CUAUAUAUAUAUAUGCACACGUGGUACGUGAAAGCUCGCUCACACACAAAUUGCAAACCCCCUCUUCAUCACUCAUCAGCAUCUGCACUGAGUGGUGUAUUCAAACCACGCAUUCCCCUCUCUGUUUCUCUCAUCUCACAAAAACAAUGGCUGAAAAUGAUUCGCUUGCUCAGUUCUUGGCGUCUGCAGUUGAUGCGGCCAAGAAAGCUGGACAGCUAAUUCGAAAAGGGUUCUACGAGAUCAAACAUGUGGAACAUAAAGGCCAGGUGGAUUUGGUCACAGAAACUGAUAAGGCGGCUGAAGAUCUCAUAUUUAAUCAUCUCAAGCAGCUUUAUCCCACACAUAAGUUCAUUGGGGAAGAAACUACUGCUGCUUGUGGUGUAACGGAGCUGACUGAUGACCCAACAUGGAUAGUGGAUCCCCUGGAUGGCACCACUAACUUUGUCCAUGGGUUCCCCUUUGUCUGUGUCUCUAUUGGUCUUACUAUUGGAAAGAUUCCCACAGUUGGUGUUGUUUAUAAUCCAAUAAUUGAUGAGCUUUUUACUGGUAUCCGUGGAGGAGGUGCAUUUCUCAAUGAAAAUCCUAUAAAAGUGUCGUCUCAAAGUGAACUUGUGAAGUCUCUCCUUGCAACUGAGGCUGGAACAAAACGUGAUAAAUUAACUGUGGAUGCUACUACAGGGAAACUAAAUAGCUUACUUUUUGAGGUGAGAUCGCUUCGGAUGAGUGGCUCCUGUGCACUGAACCUCUGUGGAAUUGCAUGUGGGAGGCUUGAUCUUUUUUAUGAACUCGGCUUUGGGGGUCCUUGGGAUGUGGCAGGUGGUGCUGUGAUUGUUACAGAAGCUGGAGGAUCUGUGUAUGACCCAUCUGGUAAGGACUUUGACAUCACAUCGCAAAGAGUAGCAGCAUCGAAUCCUCUGCUCAAGGAUGCCUUUGUUAAGGCUUUGCAGAAAUCAGAAUGAGAUGGCUUGUAUCGCAAUAUCAAAUCUUUUAAGUAAUGCAUUCUUCACCAGCUCUGAUAUCAUGCCUUGUUCACAUCUUUGCAAAGAGAAUAUUGAAAUUGUAGUUAGGGCUGAGUCAAUGCCCAAUCAAUUGUUGAAGUUAUUGAGCUGACAGAUUGUUGGUAAUCUUGCUCCAUUACACUGUAUUUGCUAGUUCUUGCUUUAUAGGAGGUUUGGUGAUGUUUAAAUUACAUAAAAAUAUCUCCUGCUGAAUAAGAGGAGUUCUUCC